AUGCCUCGCGUCGACGAGAUCCUGGCCCUGCUGGACCCGGUGGCCACAAGCGUCGUCGAGUAUGCGGUUGGCGUGCGCGAUGGCACGCACAUGGUCCCGGCCGUCGAGGACUUCCCCCUGUCUGGCAGGCCGCGCCCGGGGGCCGGCACCGAGGGGGCCCGUGAAAACCUUCCUCCCGGCCCGGCCGGGGUGGCGGCCCUGCAGCAGGUCCUCGGCGCCCUGGAGGACGCCUUCGCCGGGCUGGACGCGGCGGUGGGCGCGCUGGUUGAUGGCGGCGGCGGCGGCGGCGGCGGCGGCGGCGCCCGGCCCACGCCGGCCCCGAUCGCCCGGCCCCCGGCUCCCGGGGCCGAGCCGGGUCCCCUCUUCCAGGACAUCAGCACCGGCCAGCCGCAUCCCCUGCCGCUGGACUUGACAUCGGCCCCGGCGCAGGUGGUCAUCGAGCAGGCGAUGGCGGCGCCCGGAGGGCCGGUGGGCGGGCCGGCCCCGGGGCCCGACCGGCCGCCGGGGCCCGUCAGUGCCGGGGUGUCCCUGCGUCGGGGAUUUCUCCUGGGCCUAGUGGGGCUGCUGGCCGGGACGGACGUGUUCGCCGGGCUGGCCCCGGCGGCCGGGCGCCUGAUGCGUCUGCUCCUGGGCCAGGUGCCCGGGCUGGAGGCCGACCGGCUUGGCCUGGAUGCCGUGUGCCACCUGCUGGACCGGGUGUCGCUGGCCGGGUGUGCCGGGGCCGGCCCCGGUGGGGGGGCCAUGUUCGCGCAGCGCCUGGCGCGGGCUUGUGUCCGUGAGUUGCGCUCGGCCGAGUGCAGUCCGAAGAUGGACCGGUUUGGGGCGCGCUGCGCGCUGGCCCUGCGAGCGCUGGCCGUCUGUCUGAGCCACCUGGCCGGCAGGACGCCGGAGGCCGAUGCGCUGCGUGUCCUGGGCGAGGCGUCGCGCUGCCUGGCGCGCGUCUUCCAGCGCUCCUUCGACCGGGGCGCGCGCGACUGGGAGCAGGUGAAUGCGGCGCGCACGCGGCAUGAGCGCCAGCUGGCCGACCGGCCGGCGGCCUCGGCCACCGGGGCCCCGAGUGCCUAUUGUGUGGCACAGGCCGGGGCCGGGGCCGGGGCCGGGGCCGGGCCGGGCCCCGCCGCGCCGGCGACACACUGCCCGAAGCGCGCCUUCCUGCUCUUCCAGCUGUUCCACGCGUCGGUGCCGGUGGCGGUGGCCUGCCUGUCGCUGGCGGUCGGCCUGGCCGAGGGGGACCCCCAGGGGCUCGGGGCGGCCGGGGCCCCGGUCACCGGGCUGGCCAUCGGCACGGGGCUCCUGCAUGCCGGGGCGCUGUCCCGGCCGGCCGCAUGCCGGGCCUUCGCCGAGCUCCGCAUCGACUGGGCCUUCAAGCCGACCCCCUUCGAGGGCCCGGCGCAUCUGGCCAAGCGCCAUGCCGGGGCCCUGCUGUCGCGGCUGGCCGCCGGGACGCUGCUCCUGCUGCCGGCCGGGGUGGCCCCUUGGGCCGCGGAUGCGGCCUUGCCCCCGGGCCCCUUGAGCCCGGGCCCCGGCAGCGGCAUCGAGCGUGGGCUGCCGGCGGCCGGGAUCCUGCCCACCGGGCUGGCGGCCGACUGUCCGGCGGUGUCCGGCCCCGGUGGCGGCCGGCUGCCGCCCCCCCUGCCCGGGCUGGGGGCUCUGCUGCAUGCGGCCGGCCGGACGGGGCUCCUGGCCGGCGGGGAGAUCCUGACCGCGGUGGCCCUGCUGGAAUGCCGGCGAGUGCGCUUCGACCGGCUGGACGCCGGGGUGGCCGGCAUGCAGCAUCCGGAAAUGCCCCCGCCGCCGGCGUCCUCGGGUCCCCCCUCUCCCGGGGCCGAGGACUUCGACUUCGAGGCCCUCCUGCAGGCGGACAAGGCCGAGCACCUGUGCUACGACGUGUUUGACCCGUAUGACCGGGGGGUUCCGUCGCUGGAUUUCGAGCCGGACUUCGGCGGCCCGGAGGAUGCUCUCCAGGUGGUGGACUUCUCCUUCGAUCCGGAAAAUGAGCCGGACCGUCCGGCCGAGGGUGACCCGGCGUGGCCGCGUGAGGGCCGAUCGGUGGCCGAUACCCUGGCCACGCUGGGCAUGGCGCCGUCCGAGCUGCUGGAGCAGCACACCGCCUCGCGGGCGCGGGCCCCGCCGCAGGUCCACCCCCUGGGCGUGGGGCUGUGGGCCCUGCUGGGCAGCCUGCCCCUGGCCUGGCCGCUGGACGCGGGGCGCCCCUGCGAGCAGGCCUGUUGCCCGGCCACCGCGCCGGCCGUCCUGCCCUGCCUGCCGACGCCGCUGCACUCGAGCCAGCGCCUGCUCCUGCUGGUGCCGGCCGCCUUUGCCCUCUUGGACAGUCCGGUGGCCCAGGCCAAUGUCUAUGGGCGGACCUUGCUGGAGUUCGCAUCGGCCGGGUGCCUGGCCGCAUGCCGGUCCGGCCGGCCGACCCCCCGGCCCCCGGGUUUGCCGUUUGUCCAGCCGGCGCUGGCGCGGGCCUCCGCCACAGGCAGCCCCUUCACCAUCACCCGCGAAAGUCGCCUGGUCAGCGAGUACCUCCGGCUGUCGGCCACGGCGUCGGAGGGGCCCGAUGCCGGCGGCCCCCACCGGCUGGCCCACUUCCACCAGCAGCUGCUCGGGCCGCUGUGCGAGUCGAUCAUCUCCCUGGCCUCCUUCGGGUCGCCGAGCUACGCCUUCUCCGCGGCCGCCUGGGACCUGGGCCUGGUGCGCGUGCUGGGCCUGGCCGAGGGGCCGGCCCGGCGGCGUGCGCUGCUGGACCUGGCCGCGCGGUGCCCCUUCCCGACGUCAAAGGGCGCCCUGCUGCUGCUGUACAAGGACUUCGACCGGCUGAGCCUCUCUUCAUCGCUGGCGACGGACCGCGCCUUCGGGGCGGGGUCCUUCGACGCCCUGGCCGGCGUGGUGGACUCCCUGGUGCGGGACAAAAUCAACCCGCCGAAGCAGCCCCGCGCCGGCGGGCCGGACCCGGCCCAGCCCCUUUCCGUUCGAGCCCUGCUGGACAAUCGGGACGUCCUGUCUGCCUUGCUGGCCAUCCUGCAGUUUGGCCUCCGGUCCGGAUUGUAUGGCUCUGAUUCCGAGUCGGCCAAUCGGCCGGCCGUCAUCCGACACAAGGUCCUCGAUCCGCUUCGGGACCUGGUCGACCGCGUCCGCCGGGACCACGAUAUGUACUCGCGCUUGGCUCGGUCCUCGGCAGCCCCAAGCAGCGGGGUCAAUCUCGACCCGCAGGGAAGUGCCUCGGCGAAUGGAAGCAAUGGCGGCGCCACGGCAGAUGGCGCCGGGGCACCGGCCUCCUCCUCCUCCUCCUCGUCGGCCUUCGCGUCGGCCUCCAUGGCGGCGCUGCAGCCCUUCUCGCCGAUUUCCGACGCGCUGACCUCCUCGGUGCGGAGGCUGCAGUUCGGCCGCCGGGGCCGAGCCGGGCCGCCGACUCCGACCGCCCCCACCCCGACCGCCGGGCGUCCGGCCUACAAUGGCGACGACAGCUCGGAUGACGAGGCCGGUGGCGGCGCAGGCAGCGGGGCGUAUGGCCGCCAUGGGGGCCGCGGGGAUGACGGCGGCGCCGGCGCCUCCGGCGGCUCGUCAUACCUCCCCUCCGGCCGGUCGCACUACACCCACUCGCAGAAGGUCAUCCGGGACUUCUACCAGCCGCUGUAUGCCGGCAACACGGAGUACGACGCGCUGCAGGUUUCCCUGGCCAUCCUCUACCACUCGGAGACACACCGGCUCCGGAAUGACCACUGCGACGUGGAGGUCAUGCCGAUCUUCCGGUCCGAGGCCAUCCCCCACCACCUGGUCCAUGCGUCGCAAUCGACCAGCCUCCUGACCAACCUGCUGGACUCGACGUGCAAGGCCCUGGACGAGAUCAUCACGCGCAACCAUGUUAGCAUUACCGACGUGCUGGUCACCUUCGGGCAGAUCACCGAUGGCGUGCGUCUGGCCGAGACCCAGCUGGAGAUCAUUUUGCGCAACCUGCGCGGGAUCAAGCACGAGCAGGCGCAAUUCCGCUUCCACCGCGAGGCGCUCGAGGCCCUGCUCUUCGACAAGCUGCGCCAUGAUACGGCCCUCUCGAUCUCGGAGAAGAUGCGCAUCAUCCAGCGCACCCCGGCGUACAUCCAGCGCCUGAUGGAUGCCCGGCAAAUUGUGGCCGCGGCCGACGUCCUGCACAUUGCCCUUAACCAGACCAGCUCCGACGAAUUCUCCGAGCUGACGGCCCUGCAGAAGCUCCAUUCGUCGCUGGGUGUGCUGUCCUCGGACCUCUUCAACACCAUCCUCGAGGAGUUGAUGGGCAUUCUCUUCUUGACGGACCGCACCACCAGCGAGGAGGCGAUGCAGUUCUUCGCCGAGUGCGCCACGCGGGAGGCGGCCCUCCUGGAUGCCGAGGUGGCCACCACCUCGGCCCUGGCCUCCUUCAUGUCCACCUCGUCGGCGGCGCGGGCGAUGGCCGGAUCGGCGGCCGGCUCGCCGGCCGGAUCGGCCCCCUCCUCGCCCGGGGUGGACGCCGAGUUCCGGACCAGCCUCCUCCUGCGCACCAAUAGCAUCAUGGCCCCGGGCGGGGGUGCCGGCGGGCCGCGCGGCGGUCGCAAUGUGGCGGCCCUCUACUCGGCGUCGCAUGGGCUCACGGCCGGCGGCCGGGACACCGAUCGCCGGCGGCCCAUCGGCCGGGCCGAGUUUGACACCGGCCCGCCGAUGCGCAAUGCCGCGCACCUGACCGACGACGUGGAAAAGCGCCACUCGCGGCAAUUUGCCAGCGUCCUGAAGAUGCUGAACCAGCAGCGGGCCGAUGGCGGGCCGGAUGCCCCGCGCGGGGCGGUCCUCCCCUCGGCCGGCGCGGGACCGGCCCCGGCGCCGGCCGACGAAGAGGAGGACAUCGAUGCCAUCCUUUUUGGGGAAUGCGCCGUCAUCGACCUGGCCCCGAGUGUGCAUGACGCCUCGGUGGCUGCCAUCGAGGCCUCCGCGCGGCAGCUCCUCAGUGAAUACCAGGCCACGCCGGACACCUCGCAGGCGACCAACUCCGCGGCCUUCCGCCAGCUGGGCCGCGCCCAUGACCCGGCCGCCACCGAGUUUGACUGGUGGAUCAGUUGCCCUCUGCGUGCGCGCAUCCGAUCGCUCAUCAAGUCCUCGGCCAAGCUCGGCCUAUUGGACUAUCUGGUGGAGAAGCUGAAUCAGUCCCUGGAAAAGAAUGUCUUCCAGAUGAUGGAGCACGCCAUCCAGCUGGCCGACCAGAAGUGCCUGUCGGGCCUGUGCCACGAGCUGCACCUGUACAUCUCGCACGAAAUCCGCUGCGCGGCCGUGGAGUUCGGCCUGAUUCCCGUGGGCUCGGCCCCGCCCAAGUCCCACAUGGACAUGUACCAGACCAUCUCGUCGAAUGCGCACGCGCGCUUCCCGCCCAUUGAGCCCAUUUGGAUUGCCAUCGAUCGGGAGCUCCGCGUUUUCAUGGACGACUACCUGUCCAUCCGGUCGAUCGAUACAAGCUCCACCCUGGCCGCGACGAUGGCCUCGCUGUCGGAAAUGUCCAAGACCAUCACGCAGAACAUCUCCGACUCGGGCGGCAUCUUCGGCUUCAAGCGCCCGCAAACGGUCGCCAAGAAGCCCGGUGCCUCCGUGGACUCCAUCAAUGCCCAGGGCCGGGGGCUCCUGAAGUUGGCCAACUCGCGCGCAUCGCUGGCCGUGACCGACCACCUGCGUGCCCACUCGACCAGCUCUCAUGGGCUUCUGCACACUCUCGGGCCCGACGCCGAAUCCGGCACAUCGGCCGGGCAGACCGGUGUCACUGGGCAUCGCCUGCUGGCCAUGCCGAAUGCCUGCCUGACCAUCGUGGUGACGGGCCCCAUUCGGUCCUUCACGGAUGUCUGCUUCCGCCGGUGCAAGGCCUCGCUGUCGAUUGCCCCGCCGGAGUUUGUCCCCUCGAACUAUGGGAAGUUGGCCAUGGAGAAGUUUUACUUUGCCAUCGGCGGCAGCAUCAACACCUUGGCGGCCAAGCGACCGGCGCCGGGGCCGGCGGGCGGGAGCCCCGGCCUCGGGGGCGACUCCUCGGCCGGGCCCGGGGCCGGGCUCGGGUCCACCGGGUCGGGCUCCCCGGGCUCGGCCGCGGUCCUCGGCUUCAGCGACUACCUGCGGCGCUUCAUGAUGGAUGCCUUCCUGCCGGCGCUCUUUUCCCGAGCGGAGACCAUCUCGUUGGAGAUUUUCCAAGAGGUCAACCGCCUGUUCGAGUACAAUGCCGGGGCCGGGCCGGCGGAGGUUCACGCGGGGGCCCUGCCGGCCGGCAGCCUGGCGGCCCUGAGCGCGGAAAGCCCGGUGCCGGAGGUGUGUCCGCAGCCGAGCGGACCGCCGGUCCUCCGGUCGGCGGCUCGGCUGCUGGCCAUCCUGGCCGAGCUGGCCUUCGUGUCGUCGCGGUCCGAGCGCCUGGGCCUGCCGGCCGAAUGUCGGGACUCCAUCGUCCAGCUGGCCGUGGCCCUGGUGAAGAAGUACUACACCCUCGGGCAGAAUAUCCUUUCGCGGGCCAGCAACAAUCUGCUGGUGUCCGGCAUCGAGCAGGCCUCGUAUGACAUCCUGCCGAGCGACCUGCAACCCUCGGCCGACCGGCUGGAGCAUCUCUUCAAAAACAUCUGCGUGAAUGACUUCCUCACCGCGGACCAGCUGUGCCGGCGCGACUUCGACGAGGACCGCGCGCGCAUGCGGUCCAUUCGCAAGACCGAGCAGCCGGACUACCGAAACAAGCCGGCCCAGCAUGCGGACUUCGGCCGGUCGCACAUUGGCUCCGGACCGACGUACUACUCCCCGGGCGCGGUGUCCCCCUUCUCGGCAUACGACGACGGGUCGACCGUCCUGUCGGAGGCGGCGCUCAAGUUCGAGCUGAGCCCCGCCCGCAUGGAGACCCUGGCCAUCAUUUCCCACAGCAUGAACUGGCUCUACUCGCGCAUUUCUCUCCUGCGCUUUGGUGGCGGUGACGCGGCGGCCGCGACCGCCAGUCGCGGCAGCAAGGGCCCCGCGGCCACCAUCGCCGCCGAUGCCUUUGCUCUCAGCCACCAGCAGUCCCUCGGCACGCAUGUGGUCGACGGCGCGGUCAAGCUCUUCAUCAGCCUGUCCACCAACUUCAUCCCCGGCAUCCCGCAGGGCGACGCCGUGGCCAACACCAUCCAGCCGUCGCUGCCGCUGAACCGCUCGGAUUUGGCCGGGCUCUAUUUUGUGCCCCACACAAACAGCACCUACGAAACCUCCUUCACAGCCCUCCUGAACAACCUGCACUCCCUGGCCAAGCGCUUCCUCUUUGUCGUCCGGUCCUCGAUCCUGCGCAUGGCCUGUGUAUACGCCUCGCGAGGGAUCCGCCGUGGCGACUACACCCCCCACCGGGGCGUGCGCCAUGGUGUCGAGGCCGAUGUCAACAUCCGGACCAUCUGCUCGGCCCUGCAGGGGACCUUCGCCCUGCUGCAGCCGACCCUGGCCCGGCCGGCGCUGCGCUUCGUCUUCUACGGCCUGCCGAUGUGCAUCGCCGAGUCCCUGAUCGACAGCUCGCAGUACAUUCACUACAUCAACCGCCAGGGUGUUUUGCGGCUCACACUCAAUGUCUUCUACAUCCAGCAGCACCUCGGGGCGAUUUUCGCCGAGGUCCCGGUUCCGGCGGGCACCGGCCGGGUGGUGGCCGCGGCCGACCCCAUGGCCGGCGGUGCGUCGCCCGCCUUCGGCGAGCAUCCCUCCCUGGCCCGGGCGCUUGCCCUCUUCCAACUGCUCUACCUGGACGCCAACUCGGUCAUCGCGCUGGUGGCGUCGGCGGCAUCCCGGCGGCGGGGCGGCCUCGGCAGCGCGGCCGCCGGCCACGGGUCCCCAUGCAGCAGCCUGGUCUCGACGCCGAAUCUGCUGGGGUCGCGGUCGCCCGGCGUGCGCGACAUGGCCAGCAUGCUGAUGGACCCGAGCGACGAAGGCUCGUCCAGCGGGGCCGCCAGCGGGGCCGGCCCGUCGAUCGGCCUGCUCGGGGUCGACCCGGCCGGCACCGGGGCCGGGUCCAUGUCCCUGCUGAGCGACGUGGGCCUCGGCCUCUUCGACUUCGACCUCUAUCACUACCGCAUCGUGGUGGACUUGAUCUACCGGAACUUCCACCUCCUGCAGCCGGACCUGGCCACGUCGCUGCCGCGGCUGCUGGCCACCGAGUCGGCUGCCGGGGCGACGACCCCUCCGGUCGACACUGCCCUGCUCAGCGCUCGGCCCACGUACGACGAGCAGAUGCAGACCCUGGAACGGGCCUUCUCCGGCAUGCCGACCAUCGCCUCGCCGUGA